UUGUCCCCUGCUUUAAGAAAAAGAAAAGAAAAAAGUAUAUUUCAUUUCAUUGAGAAGAAGAAACAGAAAAACUGGGGAAGUUAGACAAAUAGGGAGAGACCUGUUACAGGUCAUGAGGCCAGUUAAUGAUUAGUGAGACCCGAGUGGGCGUUUAGUGUUCAAACUGUGAGAGCCUGGGUUAUGAGAUCUCUUUGUCAUUAGGGGUCGGCUUCACCCCAGCUCUGAGACUUCCAGCUCAACGAUGGCCCCAGACCCCUGGGAGGGCUGCUUCUGGUCAUGGGGGCUUCUUCUGUGGCUCAGUGUUGGAAGUACAGGAGAUGCACCUCCUACCCCACAGACAAAGUGCACUGACUUCCAGAAUGCUAAUCUUCUCCAAGGCACCAAUCUCAAAGCCCACUUUCUCCUCUUCACCCCUUCUGAUCCUCUCUGUGGGCAGCUCGUGGAAGAAAGUAGUGACAUCCGGAACUUGGGGUUCAAUGCCACUCUAGGAACCAAGCUAGUUAUCCAUGGAUUCAGGGCUUUAGGAACAAAGCCUUCCUGGAUUGACAAAUUCAUCAGUGCCCUUCUGCAGGCAGCAGAUGCUAACGUGAUCGCUGUGGACUGGGUUUAUGGCUCUACAGGUGUCUACUUCUCAGCCGUGGAAAAUGUGGUUAAGCUGGGACUCGAGAUCUCCCGUUUCCUCCGUAAACUCCUGGUGCUGGGUGUGUCAGAGUCCUCAAUCCACAUCAUUGGUGUCAGCCUGGGGGCCCAUGUGGGGGGCAUGGUAGGACAUUUCUACAAAGGCCAGCUGGGACAGAUCACAGGUAACAUUCUUCCCUGCCCAUCCUCUCAGGUUGAGAGAGAGAGAGAGAGAGAGAGAGAUCAUGACCUGGAAGAGCCUUUGCUAAGGCAGGCAGAGGGAAAUUUGGGUAUUCGGAUUCCUGUUGGACAUGUGGACUACUACGUCAACGGAGGCCAAGACCAACCCGGCUGUCCCACCUCCAUUUCUGCAGGCUACAGUUAUCUGAUCUGUGAUCACAUGAGGGCUGUGCACAUCUACAUCAGUGCCCUGGAGAGUUCCUGUCCAUUGAUGGCCUUUCCUUGUACCAGCUACAAGGUCUUCCUUGCUGGACACUGUCUGGAUUGUUUCAACCCUUUUCUGCUUUCCUGUCCAAGGAUCGGACUGGUGGAACAAGGUGGUGUUAAGAUAGAGCCACUUCCCAAGGAAGUGAAGGUCUACCUCCUGACCACUUCCACGGCUCCAUAUUGCGUGCAUCACAGCCUUGUGGAGUUUUACUUGCUGAAGCUGAGAAACCAGGACACCUGCAUCACGGUCACCUUCCUUAGCAGCAGUGUCACCUCCUCGGUCACGAUCACCAUACCUAGACAGCAACGCCACGGGAAAGGAAUCAUAGCUCACCCCAGCCCUCAGUGCCAGAUAAACCAGGUGAAACUCAAGUUUCAGCCUUCCAACCGAGUUUGGAAAAAAGACCGGACUAUCGUUAUCGGGAUGUUCUGCACUGCUCCUUUGCCUGUCCAUGACAAUAGAAGGACCGUCUGCUUACCUGAGCCAGUGAACUUACAAGCAAGUGAGACUGUUUCUCAUGACCUGAAAAUAACCUGUAUAUAGUUAUACAAGGGCAGGAUACAUCUCCCUGGAUUGGGGGUGGUGGUUCAACUUAUUCUAAGCCAUUACUACUAAGAAAGAACACAAAAGUCUUGGUUAUUUUCCGCAUAAUUAGCUACCUUAGAGAGGAGAGAGAGCUCAUUUUACAGAGCUUUAUCUCCAUUGUGAAUUUAAAGAAGCUUACAGAGACACCAUUUCAACUUUCCUAUUCAUACUUAACUGCAAUUGCCCCAUAUCCUUGGACAUCUGUACCUAGGAUUCAACAGAAACAUAUACAGGAAAAAGGCUCUUUUUUUUUUUUCAAAUAAAACUCCAUGGAAUGUC